AUGUCUCGUCGAAUGUCAAAGGGUAUCAUCAUCGUCUUGUCGACUUUGAUUGCCUAUCUCUCGAUCGUCAGCCUUUUGCGUACUGUUAAGCCGUCCCUGUUCGUAUGGUCAGAAGAAGACUUGGAGGAGUCAGAAUGGCUGGCCACCUCGACGUCGUGGUGGGACCGCAAACUAUGCCGGUUCUUCGGCCUAUGCGGAAUCGCUCACGUCCAUCUAGUUCGGACAUCAGCCAGACAUGAUAGAGCCAUGAGCCAGAAUCCCAUCGGUGUCGACGAUGACAAAGACUUCCGUCUGGAUUGGACUGUCACGGAUGGAGUGACGACAAACUGGACGAAUGAUGCACAUAUCCUGGGAGAGAUCCCAGAGUACGUUCUGGAAUACGCACCGUUGGUACAUUUGUUCUCGGGCGAGGAGUUCUGGCCAGGCGAUAUCGCGGAGCAUUUGGCACAUUCAACUCCGCAGCUAAACUACACACCCGUUCAGGCUGAGUGGGACCACCCUUCAUUGCACACUCUGAACGACUUGAAUCAGUGGGAAAGUGGAAAGCACGUCUACCUGACAAGCAACGAUAAUGUUGAGGACCGGCCUGCUUGGUUAGGGGGAGAAGUUAACAUUCCUCGACCUCUACCGAACCAACCCAACGAACCUGAUGAGCCCCCAACUAACGAUAAACCUGUGUACAACGAAGACGAUGACCGAGGAAAGUGGUACGACGCUGGAGACUGGCAAGAUAAUGUCGGGGCUCGUGUGGAAGACCCAGUCCUCGACGAAGGGUAUUCGCACUGGGAGGAUGGAGACGAACUUCGCAAGAGACAUGGUGGCAAGCCUGUCCGCGGAGGACGCAGCGAUGCCCCGGCUGUCUUGGUAGUUAUUGACAAGGGCAACGACAUCGUGGAUGCAUUUUGGUUCUAUUUCUACAGCUACAACCUAGGGAAUACAGUCUUUAACGUCCGUUUUGGCAACCAUAUUGGUGAUUGGGAGCAUUGCAUGGUGCGAUUCUUCAAGGGCCAACCGAAAGCGCUGUUCUUCAGCGCUCAUACCGCGGGCGAGGCCUUUAGCUACGAGGCUGUCGAGAAGCAGGGUAAAAGACCUAUCAUUUACUCGGCAACAGGCACGCAUGCAAUGUACGCUACGCCUGGCAUCCAUGAAUAUGUGCUUCCCUGGGGUCUGCUCCAUGAUCAGACCGAUCGCGGCCCACUUUGGGAUCCCGUGUUGAAUUCGCACUACUACACCUACAACUACCUGACCGACACUCUCCGAGCGUCCAAUCUCUCCCCACUCGCACCCACCGAGUGGUUCUACUUUAAUGGCCACUGGGGAGACAAGUUCUACCCGCUAGGCGAUCCUCGCCAGUACCGGUUUGCGGGUCAAUAUCACUACUCCAACGGCCCACUCGGGCCGCGCUUCAAGCACCUCGGUCGACGCAAGGUGUGCCAGGGCAAAUUUUAUGAGGCGUGCGUGAUCCGCAACUUUGUCGAUGAGGAGAAGCGAGCGAAACGAUGGGCGGGAGUCGGUGCUGGCGAGGAACCAGAAGACGAAGAUCUCGAGUCGAUCAUGGGACGUCGCGAAAACGCGCUAGUACAAUAUGCGGAGGCGCAAAAGAACCCUGUCAGGUAG